AAAUUAACCUCCCAACGCAACGGUAACACACACACACCCCAGCCACAAAAAUCCCCGCGUCACGCUCUAUAAAUCGCCUCGACGUCGCAGCACAGCCGCACAGCACAUCACGGCGGCGCACGUACACUUACACGGCGAACAUAGUCGGCGUGCGCACAUGGCGGCAGAGGCAACCGAGUGGGAGUGGUCGGGGCGGGUGGCGUCUGCGGUGCUGGGCGCGACGCCGGACGAGGCGUGGGAGCUGCUCUCCGACUUCCUCGCGUUCCACCGGUGGAACCCGCGCGUCGCCAAGUGCCGGCGCGUCUCCGGCGCGCCGCGCUCGCCGGGGUGCGUGCGCUACUGCGAGGGCGAGCCCCGCGGCGACGGGCUCGGCCCCGACUGGGCGCACGAGACGCUCCACGAGCACGACGCCGCCGGACGCCGCUUCCGCUACGAGAUGAACGACAACAACAUGGGCUUCGGCAGGUUCUUCGCCACCUUCAGCGUCGUCGACGUCGAGCCGGGCUCUCCCGGCGCCGGGUGCGAGCUGCGGUGGGAGUUCGAGUGCGACCCCGUCAGAGGGACGGCCAAGGAGGCGCUCGCCGCGCGGCUCCAGGCCGGGCUCGACGGCAUGGCUCGCCGGGUGGAGGAGGCCGUCUCCCUAAGGGUAGCCACCUCCGGCGCCGUCGCGCUCGAGGCACCUGCCGAUCUCAAGCUGGGCACGUCCAUUGCUGUUUGAGCAGUGCCGAGGCAGCGCCGGGUUCAGUUAAUGAUUAUGUGCUGCUUCAAAUAAGUCUAUCUGAUUUCAGUUCGUAAAAGAUUGGGCAUCUCUCGUUCUGCUUUUUGUAUGCGCAGCGCAUGUAUGACAGUACGAACGCUAUACCAUGGUGCUCAAUUAGUACGACAAUUCUGUAUCAUCUUUUUAUCAUCUACAAAAUCAUGUUUACAACUA